AUACAGGUGCCUGCAAACGGAUAUGAUAUUAUACCAAUAACAGGUUGAAAUAAGUACUAAGUGAGUAACAUUUUGUCAUUGUUGGUGUAUUCAUCGUGGUCUCAUUUAUUGUCACUGUUUUAUUUAUUGUUUAUUGUUGUUCUUUUCUAUAUAUAAAAUGUCUGGUGUACCAUGUACAAUUUUGGUAUCCAUAGAAGAUAGAUUAAAUUUCCCCACGAAAAUGGCUCUAGUAGUCAUAAGGCAGCUAUUCAGAUAUGGUUUAAGAAGCAUAUCUCUCCGGAAUGAUAGAAUCUUAAUAGACUUAGUAUAUACCCCAAAGUCCACAACGCUGUCGAGAAAAUUUGGUAACUUACCAGUAAAAUAUAUCCGUAUGCAAAUAAAUGAUUCUAAUGAGAUAGGAUUGUUUGAAAAAGCAAUGAAGAGAUACUACUUUGACUUAGAGGAGGAGACAGAAGCUCUUCCUCCUCCUCCUACUACUACUCCUUCUAUUAAAUCAAUUCAGAAGGAACCUUUAAAGAAAAAAUUGAAGAGGAGAGUAACACAGCAUGUUGAGUCCAUUGAUCUUGAUCAAAAUUCACAAGUGUGGUCAUUUGAUGAACACAUUAUAGAUGAUGAUGAUGAUAAAGAAGAUCAUACCAGAAGAGCGACAAUAAGUGAGACCAGAAAUGACUACGGCGACGACGAUGACGAUGACUACACCACCACAUUGAUACCUCCUACGGAGUAAUUUUGUAUUAAUAUAUAUAUAUAUAUAUAUAUAUAUAUAUAUAUAUAUAUAUAUAUAUAUAUAUAUAUAUAUAACUG